AUGAAUAGAGGGACACCAGGUGAACAGGGACACCAGGUGAACGAGGGACACCAAGUGAAUGAGGACACACCAGGUGAACGAGGGACACCAGGUGAACGGAGGGAGGGCAGAACGAGGGCAUCAGGUGAACGAGGACACCAUGAACGAGGGACACCAGGUGAACGAGGGACACCAGGUGAACAGGGACACCAGGACAUCUACAACAAAUACAACUCCUACACCAACCGCUAUAACUACCACAAUUACAACUACCACAACCUCAGCAGCCCCUACAACCUCAGCAACCACAACUACGACAACAACAACUACAACCUUGGAAUAUUAAAAGCAAGGUUCUCAGAUUCAACGCCAGAGGGAGGAACUCAG